AUGAGAAUUCCACAGGUUUUUGCUUUUGCUGCAGCUGUAGCUGCAGUGACAAUUCCGCGCUCCAAGCACUCUUCUCCUACCCCAUUCACAAAUGUGACCAUCUUCUCACCACCUUCCGACUACAUCAUUCCACGGACGCUUUACCCACGAAACGAGCAACUUCCCAACGGUGACCUUCUUGCAACAUGGGAAAACUACUCCCCAGAGCCACCGGCUGUCUAUUUCCCCAUCUAUCGCUCCAAGGACUACGGAAAGACCUGGAAGGAGAUCUCCAAGGUCCAUGACACUGUCAACGGAUAUGGCCUGCGCUAUCAGCCGUUCCUCUACUCCCUUCCCGAGCGCGUCGGCUCAUUUAAAAAAGGAACUCUACUUCUAGCCGGUAGUAGCAUUCCGACUGACCUGUCAUCCACAAACAUCGAUCUUUACGCGUCGCAGGACGACGGCUUAACUUGGAAGUUUGUCAGUCAUAUCGCUGCAGGAGGAGAAGCGGUGCCGAACAAUGGACUGACUCCUGUAUGGGAGCCAUUCCUACUGGCCCACAAGGGCAAGCUGAUUUGUUAUUACGCCGAUCAGCGGGAUAAUGCAACUUACGGACAGGCAAUAAGUCACCAGGUCUCAACUGAUCUAAGGAACUGGGGACCUGUUGUACAGGAUGUUGCCUAUCCGACAUAUACCGACCGACCCGGCAUGCCAGUUGUAACCAAGCUCCCGAACGGCCAAUACUUCUAUAUCUAUGAAUAUGGCUCUUUCUUCGGCACCUCAAGCUACUCGUUCCCUCUGUACUACCGUUUGUCGUCCGACCCUGAAAAGAUCGCCUCCGCCCCGGACCAGCGUCUGAUCGUCUCGAGUGGUACUAAGCCGACAUCUUCGCCGUACGUUGUGUGGACACCUUACGGUGGCAAAAACGGCACCAUAAUUGUCAGCUCCGGUACACAGAGUACUUUGUUCAUUAACAAGGCUCUUGGUGAAGGGGAGUGGACAGAGAUCGCUUCGCCCCAAGAACACGGCUACACACGGUCUCUGCGGGUACUGUCGGGGAAUGGAGGUCGUUACCUGGCUGUGCAUUCUGCAGGAGUGCUACUCGGCACAAACAAUCGGGUAUCGGCAAGUGUGAUGGAUUUGAAAGAGGUAUUGUAA